GGGAGGCCAGGACGGGCACCUCCCCCUUUAUAACGCGCCCCGUCCCGAGCUUUCGGGCCGGGCCGCCUCUUCAUCGUCUCUUCCCGUCUCGCCCCCUUGCCCGGCUGCCCCGGGCCGGGCUUGGCUAGGGAGCCCCCGCCCUCUCCCCUCCCCAGGCCUUCCUUCCCCCCACCCGCCGCCCCGCGCAGCCCGGCGGAGGCGGCGCCGUCGGAGGAGGAGGAGCAGGGCACUGCGGCUGGCCCCGGAUCGGGAGCCAGAGCGGCAGCAGCUUCGGCAGCAGCGCGGCCCGGGCCAAUGCAGCGGGACGCACCGCCGCGAGCCCCAGCCCCAGCGCCACGGCUCCCUGCGCCCCCGAUCGGAGCCGCCAACAGCAUUGGCGGCGGCGGAGGAGGCGGGGGCAGUGGCGGCGGCGGAGGCUCCUCUGCAGCUCCGGCUCCCCCUGGCCUCUCGGGAACUACAAGUCCCAGGGGGCCAGGCGGCGGGCGGAGACCGGAAGAGGCGGGCUCGGCACCUCGAGGCCGGAAGUGGCCUUGGAGGCGGAAGUGGCGCGGCCGCGGAGGGGCCUGGAGUGUGGCGGGACCGGGAGCGGCGGGAGCUGCGACUGGGGGUGGCGGCGGUGCGCUGGAGGCGGCCAUGGCCAAGCAGUACGACUCUGUGGAAUGUCCGUUUUGCGAUGAGGUCACCAAAUAUGAGAAACUUGCCAAGAUCGGCCAAGGCACAUUCGGGGAAGUGUUUAAAGCCAAGCACCGUCAGACAGGCCAGAAGGUGGCUCUGAAGAAAGUGUUGAUGGAGAAUGAGAAGGAGGGGUUCCCCAUCACAGCCUUGCGGGAAAUCAAGAUUCUACAGCUCUUAAAACAUGAGAAUGUGGUCAAUCUAAUUGAGAUCUGUCGAACCAAAGCCUCCCCCUAUAAUCGAUGCAAGGGCAGUAUCUAUCUGGUGUUUGACUUCUGUGAGCAUGACCUUGCUGGACUGCUGAGCAACGUCUUAGUCAAGUUCACGCUGUCUGAGAUCAAGAGGGUGAUGCAGAUGCUGCUGAAUGGCCUCUACUAUAUCCACAGGAACAAGAUCCUGCACAGAGAUAUGAAGGCUGCCAACGUGCUCAUCACCCGGGAUGGGGUCCUGAAAUUGGCAGAUUUUGGGCUGGCCCGUGCAUUCAGCCUAGCCAAGAACAGCCAGCCUAACCGCUAUACCAACCGAGUGGUGACAUUGUGGUACCGGCCCCCGGAGCUGUUGCUCGGAGAGCGGGACUACGGCCCGCCCAUUGACCUGUGGGGUGCAGGGUGCAUCAUGGCAGAGAUGUGGACUCGCAGCCCUAUCAUGCAGGGCAACACGGAGCAGCACCAGCUUGCCCUCAUCAGCCAGCUCUGUGGCUCCAUCACCCCAGAGGUGUGGCCGAAUGUGGACAAGUAUGAACUCUUUGAGAAGUUGGAACUGGUCAAGGGCCAGAAGCGGAAGGUGAAGGACCGCCUGAAGGCCUAUGUGCGCGACCCCUACGCUCUGGACCUCAUUGACAAGCUGCUGGUGCUGGACCCUGCACAGCGGAUUGACAGUGAUGAUGCCCUCAACCACGACUUCUUCUGGUCAGACCCCAUGCCCUCGGACCUGAAGGGCAUGCUCUCUACCCACCUGACGUCUAUGUUUGAGUACCUGGCACCACCACGACGAAAGGGCAGCCAGAUCACCCAGCAGUCUACCAACCAGAGUCGAAAUCCAGCUACUACCAACCAGACAGAAUUUGAGCGUGUCUUCUGAGGAGGGUGCUAGUGUGUUUAGGUUGGUGGUGGAUUAUGACUUGCAUGGGACAUGUGACAUGAUAGGACGUUUGAGAUUUUUCUCCUCCAGGACUUACUCCCCACCCUGGGCACUGGGAACAGCUUCCGGAGUGGACCGGAGUGGAGCAUUGGCCUUGAGACCUGGAGGGUGCCAGGGCCAGCCUGCUCAUGCCUCUCUGGAGGAUCUCAGCGUGGACAAGAAGUGAGGUGGGAGAGGCUUACCCACUGUGACUUUCUAAGAACUUCUUGCACGAUAGGAGGAGGACACAGGCCGCUCACCAUUCCCAGCCCUGCCUGGGGAUGAGAAAUUUGAGGGACAGAGGCACCUCAGAAAUGGGCUAGUUUUAGCACAGACCUCAGGAGCAUGGGGCUGCUGAGAACUAUUAGUUUCUUCAAAAGGAGAAUUUUAUUUGUGUGUUCAGUUCAGAGACAUUCCUGGAUGCAGUUUGAUUGGUUAAAAUUAAAAGUUGAUUUUUUUUUUCCA